UUCUUCCUCUUCCUCCUAAUCACGUCUCGCGUCGCCCUCGCCAUCGGCGACGUUCGUCGUUGCCGUCGUCAUCGUCACCGUCGUCGGCUCCGAUCGCGACGUCGCGCUCAUUGACACGGCCCGAUCGUCGCCCCCGAGAGCAAGGAGAAGGUGCUGUAGAAAAGGGAGGCCGCCGACGAAGGAUUUCUCCUGCCGGCGUGACCGAGGAGAAGAGGGGGAGAGAGAGAGAGAGAGAGAGAGGGGAAGAGAGGGAGAGAGAGAGACAGGCAGACAGAGAUAGAAAGAGGGAGAGGACAAACGGACAGGUGGACCAAGAUAGAAAGGGCAGAAAGGUAGACGGGGAAGGAACGAGGGAUAUAGUUCAAGAUAGAGACCGACCGACCGACCGAUCAGUGGAAGAGGUGUUGCUCAAGUAGUGCUCUGUGUAUGGUGCAGUGCGGUGCUGUGCUCGAGAGAGAGAAUGGCGUGGACGGAUUUCGCGUGUAUCUCGCCGUGACGUGGGAAGUCGGCUCUGAAAGCGUGGGGUGUUAAGCCGAGGAAUGGAGGGAACGUGGCAGUGGGAGCAGCGAAAGCACUGCCAUAUCAUUCUGCUCAACUCUUCGUCGUACCUAAAGGAGAACCCGGAACAAGUUACAGCUUUGAUAGGACAAGUAGACGCGACAGUUUCAGAUGAACGAAAACGACUGCAUGAUUGCUACGGCAAGGAAGCGGAUAUUCUGAAAACAAGGGAUCGUGUGCCAAGUCUGUAGCGUUUGAUAAGGAAGAGAAGGGCCCCCGUCAAGUAUCACUUUCGAAGGGGAAGAGAGAAGGGGGUCAUCAUGGGCCCAGCAACCCAAAUUGUAUCUCACUGAGCGAUGCAAGUAAUUAGGGCCGGGGCCCUGCUAGUGAGCAUGUGGCUCACUAGAGAAUGAAGAAGCAAAACGUCCGGACUUUAUCAUUAAUCGUCUUCACGCUUACCUAUCUCCUCGUCGGUGCUGCAAUCUUCGACGUGCUCGAGUCCGAGACGGAGAAAUUACGCAAAGAAGCGUUAGAUGCCAUUGAGAAAAUGGUUAUACGAAAAUACAAUAUAAGCGAGGACGACUUCAAGAUCAUGGAAACAGUGGUGCUGAAGACGGAACCUCACAAAGCUGGCCAACAGUGGAAGUUCGCUGGCGCGUUUUAUUACGCUACAACAGUCCUCACCACGAUAGGUUACGGACACUCAACGCCGACUACCAUAUACGGCAAAUUGUUCACGAUGUGUUACGCGAUCAUUGGUAUCCCAUUAGGACUUGUAAUGUUUCAGAGUAUAGGAGAACGCGUGAAUAAGUUCUCGUCUGUCGUGAUACGAAGUGUAAAAACGCUUCUAAACUGUAGAAACGUCCAGGCCUCGGAGAUAAAUCUCAUCUGCGUGGUAACGACGUUGUCGUGCUUGACUAUCGCCGGCGGCGCCGCUGCGUUCUCCAGGUACGAGGGGUGGUCCUACUUCGAUUCCAUUUACUAUUGCUUCAUUACUUUGACGACAAUCGGUUUCGGCGACAUGGUCGCGCUGCAGAAGGAUAAUGCGCUCAACAAGAAGCCUGAGUAUGUGAUGUUUGCCCUAAUAUUUAUUCUCUUCGGCUUGGCGAUCGUGGCGGCCUCGCUUAAUUUACUGGUUUUGAGAUUCGUGACUAUGAAUACGGAGGAUGAAAGACGAGACGAAGCCGAAGCGUUACAGGCGGCCCAGGGCGCGGUGCGUCUCGAAGGCGAUGUGAUAACGGCAAACGGCUCGAUACUGUCCGGCCAAAUUGGCAAUCACGGGAACGCAAUGUCGUUGGACGACGAAGCGUCGGUGUGCAGCUGCCGCUGCAGCGGCUUCCAGAGGAAGCGGCGGAGACCACGUUUCACGGUGCGCCGUUCGCCGGGCAAGAUCUCACACUUGCUGCCAAUGCAACAGCUGUCGGCGUUGAGCGUGCGGGGCGACCCGCGGACGUCGCAGUAUUCUUCGAUGUUGCCGUUACCGCCACUGUAUCAGCACCGUGCCAGCAUCUGACGUCGUUGUUCUGCCGCGAGGAGUGUGAUACUCCUCGACGAGCAGCAGCAUCACUAUUACGAGCAGCCGCGGCGGGUGUCCGUCUGAGGGGAGCGUGUGCCUCUGCCUGGCAGCUGGCGACUUCAACGAAUUUCAAUCGUCGUCGAGACGCUAUUAUCACCGCCAC